AUGUCGACUUGUCAAGCUGUCAUUUUAUUCCUUCAAGAUUGUCAUAAAUCAAAUUCAAAACCACAAGCUUUGCUUUCGGGAACUCUAAGAACAUAUCAAAGAGCGGGCUGUGAUCACGAGUAUGUACAAUUAAACUGUCCUCGAGGCACAACAAUCUCCAUCGAGUUCGCACAAUACGGAAAAUAUGGAGGCGACUCUAACGAUGGCCUUUGCCCAGAUACGACAGAAAAUACACAAAAAGAUGGAAACGUUAUUAACUCUGGAACUGAAAUAGAAAUUAAAACCCCAGAAAGAUGUAUGUGGCCGUCAGCAUUGCAAGUAAGUUAUUGA